AUGGCAUCUUUUAGCCAUUGCAGGUGGCUUGUAUCUGCGGUCUUGUUCGCGGCAAUUCUUGCUAGAGUAUAUUGCAUUGAUAUUUACGACGAAUGGGUAGUUUCAUUAGACUCCUCAAUCAAACCAGCAUUGUCUCCCCAGCCGGUUAUUACUAUCAAUGGACUGUUUCCAGGACCCCUCAUCAAUACCACAACCAACGAUGUUGUUCAUAUCAAUGUUUUCAACAACAUAUCGGAGCCCCUUCUUUUUACGUGGAAUGGCAUACAACAGAGGCUGAAUUCAUGGCAAGAUGGAGUUUCAGGAACGAAUUGCCCUAUCCAACCAGGGACGAACUGGACUUAUGUCUUCCAAGUUAAAGAUCAGAUUGGCACUUUCACUUACUUCCCCUCCAUCAACUUUCAGAAGGCAGCUGGCGGAUUCGGACCUAUUCGGGUUAAUAAUCGUGUAGUCAUAGCGGUUCCCUUUCCUGCACCAGAAGCCGAGUUUGAUCUACUCAUUGGUGAUUGGUUUGAUUCUGACUACAGGGUAGUAAGAUCAUCAUUUCAAGGCAAUUUAGCACUUUUUCCUGAUCUCAUGCUAAUCAAUGGCAAAGGACCCUUUGAGGAUCCAACCUCAGAAGAUUUCGAGUCUUUCCCCGUCACAAAAGGAAAAACGUACCGGUUCAGGAUUUCAAAUGUUGGAACAUUUUUCAGUUUCAACUUCAGGAUUCAAAACCACCAAAUGGUAUUGGUUGAAACCGAAGGGUCUUACACAAACCAGAUCACCCUGGAUUCUCUUGAUGUUCAUGUUGGACAGUCUUAUUCUGUUCUUGUUACGGCAGAUCAAGACGAAAAUGACUACUUCAUGGUGGCUACUCCAAAGCUGAUUGAUACCAGCAAUAGUACCUCCCUUGUAGCCAAAGGUCUUCUACAUUACACAAAUUCCAUUAGCCAAUUGAACAGUUCCCUGCCAAGUGGACCUGAUCCGUUCGACAUAGAAUUUUCAGUUGAUCAAGCUAAAUCCAUCAGGUGGAACCUGACUGCUGGAGCAGCAAGGCCUAAUCCACAGGGCACCUUCAAUGUAACAAAUGUAACCCUUUCGCAGACAUGUAUACUCCAUGGAUUCACUGCAUCAAUCAAUGGAUUACCGCGAUAUGUUGUGAACAAUGUAUCAUACUCUACCCCAACCACCCCAUUAAAAUUAGCUGAUCAAUUUCUAAAUGGAACUGGAGUUUACCAGCUCGACGAAUUCCCCACUAACACUAUCAAUGAGAGUGCUGCAUUUGGAGUUUCUGUAGUAAGCGGACAACAGAAAACCUGGUUAGAAAUUGUCUUCAAGAAUGACCUUAAUCUAAUGGAUUCUUGGCACCUAGAUGGCUCUGCCUUCUACAUUGUAGGGUUUGGAGAUGGAGAAUGGACACCAGAAUCAAGAAGCACAUACAACCUGUUUGAUCCGGUGCUCAAAAUCAUGCCCAAAUUCAGUGACGGUAAAUGCAAAUUCUCUCUUCUGUUUUUGGUUGUCAUAUGCUUGGCUACAAUCAUCAAUGGAGAAGAUAUUUUCUUGGAGUGGCAUGUUGCUCUCAAUACAACAGUUAAGCCCAUUUCAAUCAAUCAACCGGUUAUUACUAUCAAUGGUAUGUUUCCCGGACCUCUAAUCAAUUCUACCAGUAACGAUAUAGUUCACGUCAAUGUGUUCAAUGAGUUGGACGAACCUCUCCUACUCACUUGGAAUGGGAUUCAACAGCGCCUCAAUUCUUGGCAAGAUGGAGUUUCAGGAACCAACUGCCCCAUUCGACCCGGUCAGAAUUGGACUUAUGUGUUUGAAAUGAAGGAUCAAAUUGGGAGUUUUUAUUAUUUCCCCUCUAUAAAUUUUCAACAUGCCGCCGGAGGUUUUGGCCCGAUUCGGAUCAACAAUCGGAUCGUUAUUUCGGUUCCAUUUCCCAAGCCUGAUGACGAAUUUGAUCUUCUUAUUGGCGAUUGGUUUAACCAGAGUUAUAAGGAAGUCAGAACUCAAAUUGGUUCCUCACGUCGAAAUCUCUUACCUGGUUGGAUGCUUAUGAAUGGAAAAGUGCCAUAUGGAAAUUCAUUAUCACUAACUCAUGAAUUCUUCAAUGUUUCCAGAGAAAACACUUACAGGUUUAGAAUUUCAAACGUUGGAACUACCUAUAGUUUCAAUUUCAGAAUCCAAAAUCACACAAUGCUUUUGGUGGAAACUGAAGGCUCAUACACAAAUCAAACUAAUUUGGAUAGUCUUGAUGUUCAUCUUGGUCAAUCUUACUCUGUUCUUGUGACGAUGGAUCAAAGUGAUGGUGAUUAUUUUAUGGUAGCUAGUCCUAAAACGGUGCAUGAGACAAACCGAGAUAGUCCCCUUGUCGGAAUUGGAGUUCUGCAUUAUGGUAACUCUACUACUCCUCCUACUAGACCACUCCCAGCCGGUCCGGAUCCGUUUGAUAUAGAUUUUUCUCUGCUACAAGCAAGGUCAAUUAGGUGGAAUUUGACAGCAGGAGCAGCAAGACCGAACCCACAGGGUACAUUCAAUGUAUCAGGUGUGACGCCCAAUCGAUCCUUUGUGCUUGUUGGAGGAAACAUCAUCAAUCAUAACGUUUCUCGUUACUUUGUGAACAAUGUCUCAUACGUUACUCCAAGCAUUCCUCUAAAAUUGGCUGAUUAUACUAUGAAUGGCACUGGUGUUUAUGUUCUUGAUCAAUAUCCUGUGGACCAUAUUUUGCCGAAAGCUGUUACAGGAACAUAUGUUGUUAGUGGGAUUCACAAGGAAUAUUUGGAAAUUGUUCUUGUGAAUACUUACAACUCAAUGGAUUCCUGGCACCUAGAUGGAUUUGGAUGCUUUGUUGUUGGGUUUGGAAAUGGUACAUGGACUCCUGAUAUGCGUAGUACUUAUAAUCAACAUGAUCCGGUAGUACGGUCUACUGUUCAGGUGUAUCCGAAGGGAUGGACAGCUGUUUAUGUUUAUAUGGACAAUCCAGGAAUGUGGAACUUAAGAUCUCAGAAUUUAAAACACUGGUACUUAGGUCAAGAACUCUAUAUAAGAGUUUAUGAUCCUGAUCUCAAUCCUAACAAGGAGUCGCUUCCCCCGGAGAAUCUAUUAUAUUGUGGAGGAUUAAAACCACCGCCAACACCCCCUUUGACACCAGCCCCGGCUCCGGCUCCAUCUUUUGAGCCACCACAACCCAAUCCUUCACCACCAAUUCCUCCCUCACCGACAGCUCCGCCAACAUCUAGUGCUACAUCGUUACAGCUCGGAAGGUUAUUGAUGGCAAUGGCUCUCUUCAUUUUCAUUGGAAUGUAG